AGUUUAAUGUUGGAAGUCAAUUGUAGAUUGUGCAUGUUACAUUGAGGUUAAAAUACUUUUGUUGUUGCACUGUGGACACUAGGCUAUGAAAGUGACAACACAUCUAUGUUAUAUCAUUAAGGGAGUAUAGGUUUAUAUUUAAGUAAAAUACAUGUGCUCUAUAUUACUUUAUUGAAAGUUUGUAAACAAAAUGGCGACACAGUCUGAUAGAGUUUUCUUCUUCGGUUGUGUAUCAUGCAAGAAAAACAAGAAUAUCGAAGAAUAUGCAGUGUAUUACUGUGAAAAAUGUCAACAGUGUUUUUGUAGACAGUGCUGUGAGCUACAUCAUGACUAUUUGUUUAGUGAACAUGUAAAGCAUGACCGACUAAAUAUGAGGAACUGGCCAGUCUCAAAGGAGUUGGAGGCUGUUAUACUUAUGUGUGAAAUACACACUCAUAAACAACUAGAGACGUUCUGCAGAGAUCACAGUCAGCUGUGCUGCUCAAAAUGUGUUUCCUUAAGUCACAGAAAAUGCAAAAAAGUAACACUUAACUCAGCCAAGAAGCAGGCAGCAGAAGUACAAGAACUGUUUGAGAAGCUCCUGAUCAAUAUGAGAAAACUGAGGAAACUGCAGAGUUGCUGUGAGUCUGGAAUCCACGAUCUGAAGAGUUCAUACCAGGGGCAAGAACUCAUGGUACACAAAAUGAAUGACAAAAUUAAAUCCACUAUGGCCAAAAUUGUGAGGAGAACUUUAAAGAAAAUACCUAAAGUUGAGCAAAACAAAAUCUAUGAAUUAAUGCAUUCCACUUUGUUUCAUAUAGAAAAUAUUACUUUGAAUGAAGCAAAAAUUACACUAUCAAGUCUUGAAGAUUCUCUCAAAACUGGUGUUGAAACCUGCAUCCGUCAUCAUCAUGAAUUAAAAGCACUCCAUGAACUCCUUCUAUACAGCAGUGACAACAAGAAGAAGAAACUCUGCAUGAUAGCGAGUCUGAAAUGCAUGGACAAGAUACAAAAAGUUGAAUCGUACCUGGGUGAGAACAGUGUUAAACUUGAAUGUUCGGUAUUAAACCAGACUAUACAAGGCACUGAGCAGUACAUUGUCAGAUUGUCAGGUCUGGGGAGGCUGAUAGAGAGUAUGAAAGCUAACACUGACAUUGAACAGUACUUGUCUAAACUGUCAGGUCUUGCGAGAGUAUUGCAUAACCAUGUGUUUACUGUCCAUGGAAAGUCUGAGCACACUGUGAGAAUAACAAGUGAUUCGAAGAAAUGCUAUAUCACAGCCAUCUGUGUUCUUCUUGAUGGACAGGUCCUGGUUGCAGACGGAGAUAAUGAGAGAGUCAAGCUUCUAAACCAGCAGUACCAGGUGGUAAGUCACUGGGAUGUGACUGCUAAGCCAUGGGACAUGUGUCAGAUCACACCCAGUGAGGUUGCAGUGGCUGUCAAUAAUGAGGUCCAGUUAAUCACAGUAAGCCAGAGCCAACUCGCCAUAGGCAGGAAGCUUGAGUUACAACAUAGUUGUAAUAGUAUUGCCCACAUUCAGGGAUACUUGUUUAUUGCAUCUGGUACUGCUCUGUUCAAGUACACAUUGAAUGGCAAACUAGUCUGCAAACUCUAUGAAAAUAAAUCAGCUACUGAUACAGUAGCCAAAAGAAGAUUCAGAAUUAUUGAUUUAUAA